UUCCAUACUCUACUGGGGGAGGAGACGAUCUGUGGCUCCCGUCGACUGCCACCUUUCUUCUAUAUAAUCAUUCGCAUCCCCUUUCCUGGAUAGCCAACCUAGCUCAUCUUCCUUUUCUCCCAUCCCCUUUUCUCAUCCAGUCGAUUCCCGUCCUCUGUCUCCCUAUAAAAGGCGAACAAAAGGCGGCUCUUCAAGGCUUUGCGCUGGAGACGGGAUAAGGAGAAAAAUCGACAUAGAUCGUCACGAGAUAUUGCCACGCGAAAUCUCCACUAAAAAGUCUCAGCAAUUCCCAACCCCGUCCAUUGUGUCGCGGCCGGUCGACGCCUCAUCAUGGCUGCUGAUCAAGCCACAACGCCUGACGGGCGAAUCAGCUCAGACGACACAGUAAAUGCUGCGCGCAGCACCGAUGCCGAGCUCAAGGCCACCGAAGCUGGUGUUGAUAUCGGCCGAGGAUUGGGAGAUAAAGAUAUUGGUAUCUCGUCAGUCGAAAAGGAGGAUGAAGCAUCCGCAUCUGCAUCAGCAUCAGCAUCAACAACGACCCCAGCUGCCGAAGGGCCUCCAACGCAGCAGCCGCCAGGACAUGAACCCGAGGCUGGACGGACAAAGGUCGAGACCGUCCUGGUCAUCUUCGCCUUGUGUCUGGCGCUGUUCCUAGCCGCUCUUGACAUUACCAUCAUCACCACUGCCAUCCCGACCAUCUCUAAUCACUUCAACUCCAGCGCCGGCUACAUCUGGAUUGGAAGCGCUUAUAUGCUCGGCAACGCCACAUUCGUUCCCACAUGGGGCAAGAUUUCCGACAUCUUCGGCCGCAAGCCCACCCUCAUCGCUGCUGUUUCCAUCUUCUGGAUUGGCUCGCUGGUAUGCGGCCUUAGCAACAGCAUGGGCAUGCUUAUCGCUGGUCGUGCGAUUCAGGGUGUUGGCGGUGGCGGCGCCAUCGUCUUGCCCAAUAUCUGCGUCUCCGAUCUUUUCUCUAUGCGCAAGCGAGGCAUGUACUUUGGCAUCUUUGGCAUGAUUUGGGCCCUUGCUUCAUCUAUUGGACCUAUUCUUGGCGGUGUCUUUACCAGCAAGGUCUCUUGGCGCUGGUGCUUCUAUAUCAAUCUACCUUUGAGUGGCGUUGGACUGAUCAUCCUCAUCUUCGUUCUCAAGCUGCACAACCCGCGCACGCCCCUCAAGCAGGGAUUGGCGGCAAUUGACUGGCUUGGUAACCUCCUCAUCAUUGGCGGUACGCUUAUGCUGCUUUUUGGACUCGAGUUUGGCGGCGUUCAAUUCCCCUGGGACUCGGUUACCGUCAUCUGCCUUCUCAUCUUUGGCGUUGUAACAAUUGUCCUCUUUGGCAUCUAUGAGGCUCGUUUCGCCAAGUAUCCCGUUAUGCCUACUCGACUUUUCCGUGACAGGACGAGCAUUGCCUCUUAUGGCGUAUCUGUCCUGCAUGCCAUGACAUUCAUAUCCGGCAGCUACUGGCUUCCUUUGUACUACCAGGCCGUUCUGGGUGCCUCAUCUCUUCUCUCGGGUGUAUAUCUCCUGCCAUACGCCUUGUCUCUGUCCGUCUUAUCGGCCGCAACGGGCAUCUUCAUUAAGAAGACAGGCAACUACAAGAUCCCCAUCAUAUUUGGACUCAGCUUCAUGACUCUUGGUUUCGGUCUCCUCAUUGACUUGGGUGCCAAUGCAAACUGGGCCAAAAUCAUCAUCUUCCAGAUCAUUGCCGGUAUUGGUGCUGGCCCCAUCUUCCAGUCUCCUCUCAUUGCUCUUCAGACCAACGUUGAGCCGCGUGAUAUUGGAGCCGCUACUGCCAGCUUCCAGUUUCUCCGUCAGCUUGGAACGUCUACCUCCGUCGUCAUUGGCGGCGUCAUCUUUGACAAUGAGAUGCAAAAGCAGCAAGCAUAUCUGAUACGCGAGCUUGGCCCCGAGCUGGCCAGUAAGCUUUCCGGCGCUGAGGCUGCGUCAAGCGUGUUUUUAGUCGCCAGCCUCAAGGGUCACGCGCGAGAGGUUGCCAAAACAGCUUACUGGAAUUCUAUGCAGAAAAUGUUCAUUGCCUACACUUGCUUCAUCUUCCUGGCCCUUCUCAUUAGCUUCUUUAUCAAGCAAAAGACGCUCAGCAAGCAGCACACUGAGCACAAGACGGGUCUCGCAUCACUUAAGCAGGAAACAAAGCAGAAGCAACCCGAUGCUGAGAAGGCUGUGGGUGCUGCUGAGGAAAAAUAAAACGCAUAAUUGUCGCCUUCGAUACCAAUUUUUUAAUACCUCAUUUUACUUUACAUUGGAUUACGGCGUUGAUGAUAUUCAUGGAAAAUGGAAGACGGGUGAAGAAGAUUUCGGCAUUUUAGGACAAGAGACGUCCUUUUUAGCAGCCUCUUCUCCUGGUUACAUUGUUGUUAAGUUGUAGAUUUUGCAUAUAGGCCAAGGCCCUCACCACUAUAUAUGAUGUUAAUAUUAAAAAGAAAUGAGACACUUAUAUGACG